GCAAAAACUUUUUUUUGUGAUUCACUUUCCAGAAGGUAUCCAUUUCCUGCAAAUAAAAUUGUAUCGAGAAGUAGCAUCAAACUUUCAGCUGCUUUGUUGACUAAAUUGUAAUGAUUUAGCGGACUCAUCUCUUUGGGAGAAGAACAAUAAAAACAAAUAUCAACAGAGAUGGAACCAAUGCUUCAACACGCGAUGCAUAACUUCACUGAGCCGCAGUUCAACAAGUAUGGGAUCCCAGAGCGGUUCGGAGGGCACAUAAUAGCAGGGACCUUCUCAACCCUGGUGGGGCUACGGUGGCUGUUCUGCGCGUUCAAGCGCUACUACCUCUGCAUGAGGGAGGCAGCCAUCAAGGGGUCUAUGAGACGCAAGUUCACCAGCAGUUACGUGUACCCGAGCACAUGGUUCCCUGGCCUGCCCGUGGAGGCCGCAGUCCUUACAUUGUUCGCCUUUGGACUCGUAUUUAUGGAAAUCCAGAACGCAAUAGGGCACCCAACAGAUGAGCAUCACCUGGCGCAGAACUACAUGCACAUCUGCUUGUUCUCCCUGUUGGGAAUCCCUCCCAUCAUCGCCAUCUUCAGGCACUUCAGGUAUCCUGUGCUGCCAGGUAUGGAGUACCUGACUGGAGCCGUUGGGAACGCGUUAAUGAGCAUGCUUCUGGUGCAGCACACGCUGCACCAGAACGCGAUGAACAAACAGGCACACCUUCACCAGGUGAUGUUGUGGAUGACAACGGCAGUUGUCUUCAUCGGCGAAAUGUUAAACAUGGACAAGCCGAUCUUCCCUGUAUUCCGCGGCUUCAUGUAUUGCUUAACGGGAAGCUUUACUGCUCAAAUGGAUUUCAUUUUAUGGCCUCUUCACGGCAAACCUUGGCCCGCUGAGGAUCAUUUCUAUCUUUUCAUGGAGACCAUGACUUUGACGUGGCACUUUUUCGCGCAACUCGUCGUCACUGGCGUCAUCAGCUUCAUCGCACUUGUGUUCGUCAAGCGACUUACGCCAUCCCAGGUGACGAAAGAACUCGACAUCAGCCUGGGCGGCGGCGCUAAAGGCAUAUAUGCUGACGAAGAGUCGAUCGAGGGACGAUAUUGUUUGUUGAAAUAUUGCGAUGACUAUUGAACAUGGUUUAUCCGCGGUGAAAACUGCACACAAUUUAUGAUUUCACUUAUUAUGGUGAAAACUGUAGCUAAUGAUGUAGUUAGUUAUUUUAGUAAGUCUUGUUGUGAAUCUAAUGUCUGUGGUGGCAGUGGUUGUAGAGAAUGUUAUUCUAAUGUUGCUAAAUGCCGAUUGGAGCGGAAUGGAUCGUGUUGUGAUAUGGCCUUCUGGCUAACCAACAAAUUAUGCACACUGUAUAUAUAUUUCUUUAUAGGAAAUUUCAUGAAUUUGCAUGAAACUUGAAAUGUUCACUCGCAAUAUAUUAGUCUCCCUAGGAACUUGCAGUGUUACGAUCACCAAACUGAAAUGAAAUAGGGCAAAAAAAAGAACACAAUACACAAUCGUUUUGACUGAAGCUAAUCAGGGAAUGCUUUUAUUUUUUUUAGAAUGGGAAUAUUGUAAUUAUUUUCAUUCGACGGGUCAAUCAUGUUUCUGAUCGCUAUAUAAUAUUCUGAUAUUGUUUGAAUAGAGCGUCGAUAUAUCUGACUUAAGUUAUAUGUUAGACUGUGUAAAACGUAGGUUGAGGGUAAAUUAAUUAUUAACAUGAGUUUUGAAAGUUAUUUGAAGAUUGAGAAGGCUACAGGAAUUUGGGAUGAACUGUGUAAAGCUUGUAUUAGGUGCCAUUAUUCUCAAGACCAUGAGACCGAGGGUUUGUUUAUAGUUUGAAAUGGCGAGGGUAUCAAAGGUGCUGAACCUUGUGAAACUCAAAACCGUCGCGGCGUCACUUCGAGGGUAUAGGCUUAAAUGUGGGCAACACCAGCAUAUAAAAGGUCCCUAAAAUUCACGCAAAAGAUUGUUCUGCGGAGGUGACCGACACGCGAGUACGGUCUGCAGUCUGCGGACGUUGCGACGGCCGCGGCCGUGAGGCCAGUGGUUUAGACGUUGUCGAACAUCGACGGUCGCGAGAAACCUAGACUUAUCGAAGCAGCUACGAUUCCUGUGAGCACGUCAAGAAAAUAUACAAGGGACGGCCACGACUUUGACAUAUUAAUGCACGGUCAACAUCAAGACUACGGCUGCGACUCAACCGUGAGACAAUGCAAAGUUGUACAACGAUUAAAACGCCCGGUAUCAGAAGAUUCACGUUUUCGAGCACUGCGCAACAACAGUUCUCGUCGGUACGGUCAUCAGAAUAGUACGGUCACAACUCUAAUUAGAAGGACGGGACGGUUACAGUCAUCAACCGCAGUACGACAACGAGCUUGGAGAAUAUCUUCGACUAUGAAGACGAACACCGCUAUUCCGAAGUACGGUCGCAUCAUAAAUUCUGUGGUUAGACCGGCCGUGAGACAUCACUAUAGCGCGGGAAAUACGGCUAUGAAGAAAGAGCAACUGUUAAAGGGGUUGCGAGGAUACAGCAGCGGUACGGUCACUUGGAAUACGGCUGCAAACGUGCGCGUGAGGUACGGUCGUUGCGGGAGUCGUACCAUUCUACUGGAGCGUUCUACGGCUCAACGUUUCCUGGUAAAAAUAGAAGAUUUUAGUGGUGUUAACUAAUAGCUUUUCAAUUUUGAUUGUGUUCAAAUUACCUUUUUCAUGUACUAGAGAUUUUUUGUAAACGUAGGACGUGAACUUGGAUUUUCCAAUUUAAUAUGAAAUGUA